CAGACAUGAGGUGAAAGGUGAGUGCCCACGGAGCUCCUCUGGAGCUAAGGCAGCCCGCCAGCCAAUGCCGGUUGUCGCAGCUCCGAGCUCUUUGCGCCUCCUCCUCCGCUGCCCGCUGCCCUGCCCUUUUGUCCUCCGCCUUCUGCAAUUCUCCCCUCUGCUGCCCUGUCCGCUCGUCGUCUUUCUUCUCCUCGCAUUCCCCUCUCCUCCUCGACCGCCGCUCCCAGAAACUUCAACCCUCGCCAUCGUCCCCCACCCUCCCCUCACUCUCCCCCAUUCGCGCUCGACAAAGCUCCCACCCCCCUUCGUCGCUGGCUGACCGCAAUGGGGACAGUCCAGAUGGCCCACAGGACUGAGACUUCUCAGAAACCGAUCCCGGCAAUCGAUAGACUUCAAGACUCGACCGGCUCCCGAAUCGUCCCCGUCUCCAUCUCCGUCUCCGCGCCGCCGCCUACCAUCAGCAUGUCUCCACCGAGUCCCGUCGACCAUCCGAUGGAGGGCACGUCGCCAGAGGACAACUCGCCCACUGGCCACGGCCACGGCUCCGGCUCCGACCCCGAGGCCAGCAGCGCCAAUGGCAAGCCGCCCGUCUCCCGGGCCGGCAACGCAUCGCCGCAGGAGCACGGCGCCCUCACGAGCUCGAGCAACAUGCCCGCUCCUCCUCCCGCCGCCGCGGCUGCUGUUCACCAGCCCAAGAUUGUCCAGACUGCCUUUAUCCAUAAGCUAUAUAAUAGCAUGCUGGAGGACACCAGCAUACAGCAUCUCAUAUCGUGGUCAUCGUCCGCCGAAAGCUUCGUCAUGUCGCCCUCUGCCGACUUCUCCAAGGUAUUAUCACAAUACUUUAAGCACACCAACAUAUCGUCUUUUGUGCGUCAGCUCAACAUGUAUGGGUUUCAUAAAGAACGAGACGUGUUUCACACUGGCAACCCCGAAACGACGCUCUGGGAAUUCAAGCAUGGCAACGGCAACUUCAAGCGCGGCGACCUCGUCGGCCUCCGAGAGAUCAAGCGCCGCGCCAGCCGACACGCUCUCGUCAACCGCGAAAAUACCUUCCCCAAGACCUCUACGUCUCAGCCUGGCACGCCUAUCGAGCCCGUUCAAGUCCCGCCGGAUAGCAUCGAAGCUAGAAUAGCCAACCUGGAGCACUCUCUGUACGAUACGGCUGCGAGAUUGCAGAGAAGCGAAGAAUCGGCUCACUACAUGCACGUCAAGAACCAGGCCAUCAUGGAAACGCUCAACAGGUUGCUCUUCUUCAACCAAGAGUUGUCCAAGGGGAUGCUGUCGCUUGUACCUCCGGACAACCCUAUUCAUCGAGAUGGCAGGCAGAGAUGCUGCGCUCGAUCUUCGCCUCUACGCAAUGCCGCGCCGGCGCCUCCCGCCGGACCGCAUCCCCUUUCCAACGUGGAGACGGUCCCGAACAGCUUGGCCAGACGCCAUACCGCCGCAGACAUUCGCGCGCACGGAUGGCAGCCGAACGCACCGCCAUAUCCGCCUGGAACCGUACCGCCGCCCGUGUGGCCGCAAUCUCCCAAUCGGCUUGCGCCUGAGGAUCAGAGGAUAAGGGAUUCCCUCUCUUCAUUUUCCCUGCAGGCUCCAUCAGCUCAUGGACAUCCGCACUCGCGCCCGGCGACGCCACCCCACGCCCCCUUUUCAAACGGCGCGAGCGGAGGGUCGGAUACCUUUGGCAGCUGGUCGUGGGGCGCGGCAUCAAACCGCGAGAGCAAAACGAUUGGAGCUUUGAAGGAAUCAUCAGCGCCUCCCACCAGGAGGGGCAGCAUGGCACAUAUCCUCAACCCCAGCGAUACCGCCGAGCGAUCAGACGAGGACGAAGACCCCCGGGGCGACGAUGACAGAAAGCGAAAACGAAGACAGUGA